AUGGGUCAACAUGCCGCCAUCUUUCUAGGCUGCUCUGCCUCAUCCACUCUUUUUCAUCCACCGGUCGCCUUUAAACGCCAAGUCUACCCUACAUUCUCGACAUACAAUAUUUUCGUUAAAUAUCGUCUGAAAUGGAAACUCAACCUUGUCUGUGCCGGGGUGGAGCAUGAAGUAAGUGGUGACGCACCUGUUACGGAGCUACCCCCAAGUGAAGAACAAGAAGAACAGAAGAAGAGGACGCUAGGUCGGGAGGGUAUGAAGCGGAACUACGACGAUUUGGGAGCAGGUCUCGAGCAGGCUGGGCAAGUCGUCCAGUUUAUCGGGGCGGUUUUGCAGCUUGUUGGCUAA